AAGAAAAAUCCUUUAUUGUUGCAUAAAACGAGACCUGGAUAUAUACAACAGCUGGAUAUUACCUCAUAUUUUAAUAUUGUCCAACAGAAAAUUUAAAAUAGUAUAAUAAUAAAUCAGUUUUGACAGACCUGCUUCUCCUCUUACCUUGCAAAUACACUGCCAUUUAAAAAAAUUUAAACACAAAACGUAAUUAGUUGCUUGACAAUCCGUAUUUUUAAAAUAAUACAUAACAAAAUGUUAAUAAUUGACUGUCUGCUGAGAGGAAGCACUAACUCGGCUAUUUAAAAUAUGAGGUUAACAUAGUAUUUUUGAAUUUUUGCAGAUGUUUUAUGAUGUUUCUGAAUAAGAGAGCCUUAGACAGAACAGUGUCCUGGCAGUCAGAGUGAAAAAUUUAACCCCAGCCCAGCCGCAGUUCUCCAGAUGUUAGCAGGUUUGAUCUUCUUGCAUGACUUCUAUUCUGUGUGGAACAAAAUACACAGUUUACCCAUAUUGUUGAUGGGCUAUUGACUCCUGCUAUAUACAUUUUCUUAUUGUGGAAUUUUCUGUGAAGAAGAAUUUCCUCUUCGCCUUCAUUUUUGAUUUAUUCGCUUCCCUCCCAUACAUUUCUCCAAACCACCCUUAUUUCAGAAAAAAAAAAAAAAAAUUCUUAAGUUAAUUACAGAAAUGUAAAAGUGUGAAGCAUUUAUAAAGGAUUAGGAGUUUGUUAUGAAGAUAAUCCUGCGGAAAUUUACUUUAGUACGUUGCUGUUCCCUUGUUUUUUUCUGUUAUAUCUCCGCAGACCGCUGUUCCAAAAUAUCCACCUUUCAUGCUAAAGUAAACAGGCUUAAGACCUGGUACAAAACAAAUGUUUUGGUCUCUAUAGCUGUCACUCUGUAUGACAGAGAAGUGCUGUGGCAGCUACCCAAUGCUCCGCUUACAUGUCAGUCUUGCGUCUGGAAAUCCAAGAUGGCAGCAGCCAAAGGACAAACUCAAGACUUCAAAACAGCAGUCCACAAGCUAGUGGCUGAUGUCACAUGACUUAUAUCGGACUCCCUUAUGCAUUUUGUGACAGUGAUAGAGGUCAAACCUAUAUAGUAAUUUGUUUUACAGAUCCUGUUGUGCUGUUUUUUAAAAUCAUUUUGACUCUGACACUUAUUCAGAUACAUAUUUUAUGCCAGAUAUGGGAACGAUCUUGCCACCGGUUGCUGGUGUUUCUCUGUCAUUAUGCUGCAGCUGGCAAGUAAAACUGCAAUGGCAGUUGUGUUCAGCUGACAGACAUCAUUCUCCAUCAAAGCAGCUGUGAAUAAUGGAAGGACAGCGCUGCUGUAAACUGCACCUCUACAGCUGUUUUACUGAUAUGCCACCACUGGACCAAACACUGUAUGUAGAAACAUUGAAUAUUUAAUGAAUGCAGUGCCCUGCAAAUGAAUUCCUGCCCCGUCAAAUUGUUUACAUCAUAUCACGUUAAAACAAACAAACAAACAAAAAAAAUGAAUGUCAGUAAGCAGUACAUAACUAUUAGUUGGAGGAAAAUUGAUCCAGGGAUUUCACAAAUGUUUUCCAUAUACUAAUCUGAAAAAUGUUGUGUAUAAAUAUUUAUUAACUCUUUGCUGCUCCAAUCAUUUAAACUCAGUUUAUUUCAAUUCAAAAUGUUCACAACUAAUGUUAUCUUGAGGCACUUUACAAAAAAAUGAUUUCAAUUUAAUUACACAAACAUUACAUUUGAUCCUGAUUAUUGAACAGCUCAUUUAAUUAUUCAAAGUUGUUUAAAAAGUUUAUAUCUAAGGAAACCAAGCAGAUUGCAUCACCUCAAUGCAAUUCAAAAACACUUUAUUGAUCCCAAAGGGAAAUUCAAUGUUGUUGCAGCUCAGAGUUAUUGUAGAUGGUAAUGACAAGUCAUUGACUUGCAGCCUUCAGUCCUUCUGGGUGAGCAUAUAGAGACGUAGACAAAAAGUCUAGACUUGGAUUCAGAUAAUCGUGUUGAGUCGAAAAACAAUGUUCAAAGAUGCUCCCCAUCCAACAAAAAAUUAAGCGCAUACAGUAGAUGUGCAAAACUGCUGUGGACAUAAUCCAAAAGGAUAGAAGAUCAGAUUGUAGCAAAAAUUGUUUUAACAAAGUAUUUACUCUGAGAAUUAAAUAUCUCAAACAAAGUAUCUCUAUAGACUCACAGCUUUACAAAUAAUACAUCAUAUUAAAUCUUAUUUUGGGAAAAGAAAAUGUUCAAGUUUGUGCCCAGAAUAAAACGACUAUGUUCUCUUUCGUUAUGGCCACUUUGUGUACAGAGUUACUGCUAAGGCUUCAUAGAUACCUUGGACUGGUUUUGCCUUAAUAAUGGAUUUUUUUUUCCAUUACUGGGAAUUACUAUUAAAUUAAUGCUUCAGUCCUUAAUGACAUAUUUAAUAAUUGUUGCAAUGAUUUUAAAUUUAGACUCUAAAUGAAGCAACAUUUAAUUUUGAGAGCUAAGCGGCUUUUUUACUAUAUACAUAAAUCACUUUGUCAUCUUUACCAUAUAGAGUUUGAUCUGCAUCUGAUUUUUGUGUGUUGAAUGAAAGAUAGAGAUGAUCACAUCUGAUCAGGUCUAAUAAAAAACAACAACCUUUUAAGCAGUUAACCCACAUAUAGAAAAAGGUCUUGUACAGAUUCCUCACCAUCUGUAGACCCAUUCUUCCAGAGGGCGGGCCUCGCACUGUCACUCAUGUCAGUCCGGCGUCCUGAUUGGUCUCUCUCCUGCGAGGGGCCAGUGAGCGGUGCGAUGCAGCCACAUGGAGCCAGCCUGAUGCAUCUGUGUCCGUUAGUCUGUUCCAUCCUCCGGAGGAGUCAACCCGGAGAGUGUGGAACACUUUGGCGCAUCAUCAGCAUCUAUAUGCUGGAACUUUCUUUUUUUAAACUGAGCAGAGAGAAAUUAUACUCCAGAAUAUAUUUUUCGUCACUGUUCUUUCUAUUCAUGCGUCUUUCAUGUCCCCAAGAAACGUUGGGAAAUAGGACCAGUUUGAUCCAUGCGUAAAAGUCCUUGUUGGGUGAUUUAUCCAGAGGACUGUCGGAUUCCGUCCUGCGCUCUAGAUGGAGGUUUCUUAUCCUUCAUGACAGUGGAUCUAGGUCUUUUUGAGCCUUUAAAAGGAAUAAUUUAAUAAACUUAGCUGAAAAAGACUUGUGUUUCAUCUAGAAAGAUAAUUCCUAUUUUGUGCUGUUUUAAAGUGGAUCUAUGUGAGAGAAGUGCCCGUUUUUGUGGCUCCCGUGGACAUUUUGCUGUCUUUUGUAAGUAAAACUGUUUUAAUGGAAACAUGAACAAAGGUGCAAGAGAAUCGGUUCUCCUGAACACCUUCCACCUGCUGCUGCUCCUGCUGCUGGUUUAUGCUCCGCCGGUGAGUCUCUCCGCGCAGCGCAGGCAUCCAGCGCGCUACUUUGGCCACAUCGCUGAGAACUCCCCGGCUGGAUCGCCCGUUGAUGGGGUCUCAAUCCCGCUAGAAGCCGGAGUCUGCUCCGGUGCGAAUCUUGACGGCAGCCUGUACGGGAAUUAUCCCUCUGAUUUCCGGAUCGUUUACGAUUCUGAGCGUCGGGACCGUUUGGUUCUGGUGUCCGCCAAACCGCUGGACAGAGAGUUUAUAGCGAUGUACGAGUUGACGGUGGAACUCCCGCCCAUGUGCCAGACGAGACCGGCGGUCGUCCAGGUUGAAGUGUCCGACAGGAAUGAUAACAUCCCCCAGUUCCUCAGCGGGAAUAAAACGGUGGAAGCGGAUGAGCUGGCGCCGCUUGGAACCGUCUUGGCUCGCUUUGACGCAAAAGACGGCGACGCGGAGAGAAAUGGACGCACAACUUUUUACGCAUCGCCACAGUCCCGUUUGCUUCACGUGGUGCCACAAACCGGCCAGGUGAGGCUCGUAGGGUCGCUGUUGGGGGUCAAGCAGCUCACCCUGCGGCUUUACGUGAAGGACGACGGGGACGUGGCGCUGAUCGGUGACCCGGUGUUCCUUCGCGUCGACGUUCGCGGCUCCGGCAGAGCGCGGCGCAGACCCCGUGCUCUGUCCGAGGAUCUGAGCUACACAGUGACCGUACCGGACCACAUCAGAGUGGGUGAUCUGGUGUUCACUGUGCCGGACCAGAGGUUCGACCAGCGGUGGUUCGAGGUGAUAUCCGAGGCCGACUCGCCCGUACAGAUCGAAAGGGACUCGGGGCGCUUGUACCUUGCGCGCAGUCUGCGGGAGCCAGCGGAGGUGGUGGUGAAGAUCCAGAAUCUGCGAGGUGAUGACUGGUAUUUGUGCAGACUGACUCUGAGCAUGCCCAGUCAGGCUGACCUGCAGUGGGGGAUGUUUCCGUCGCCUUACCUGGGCGCCGUGGGUCCUGAUGCCACAUCUGGCUCUGUGGUCUACCGGCUGUCAGCGAGACAACGAGAUGGCGCGCUGGGACAAGCUCAGUUCCUCCUACUAGAUGGUGGUGAGGAGUGCUUUGAAGUGGACCGUCGCUCUGGGCUGAUUAGGACCACUGGACGACCUCUGACCCCAAGCAGGGAGUACCAUCUGCGGGUCCAGGCUGUGGACGGACGAGGCCGUAAAGGCCCACCGGCCACUGUUUCCAUCCUUGCUGGAUACCGACCGCCACAAUUCACCAACUCCACCUACAGCCUGAACGUGCUGGAAAACACACCUGUUGGCCAACCUGUUGCUGUGGUUCAGGCCGUCUCCUUCCAGAAGAAGAGUCUGUCCUACAUGUUACUAAUUAACCCCGGAAACCUGUUCAGCAUCAACCAGGAAAGCGGCGCUCUGAGCCUCACCAGAUCGGUCGACUACGAGAGCGGUCACAACCUGCACACCCUGCAGGUCCGAGCCUCCGAAAGUGACACCGGCCUCAGCGGCGUUGCAGAGGUCGUUGUCCACAUAACGGAUGAGAAUGAUUGCACACCAGAGUUUCUUCACUCCAUCUACACCAGAGAUAACAUACCUGAAAGCGUCGCACCUGGAACCUCACUACUGCAAGUUCUGGCUCGUGACUUUGAUUCCGGGGUGAACUCCGAGAUCUCCUACUUCAUCCCGAGUGGCGAUUUUGACAUCACAUCCGGGGGUGUGGUCAGCCCUGCCCGUCGCCUGGACUAUGAGCGGCCCAAUCACAUCUACGAGUUUGUAGUUGUCGCAGUGGACGCAGGGACGCCUCCUCGAACUGGGACUGCCUCUGUUCGUGUCCGUGUGGCUAACACCAACGAUGAGGUGCCGGUCUUCUCCCAAAGCGUCUAUAAGACCUUCCUCAGUGAGGACGCUGGUCCCGACACGCUGGUCGCCAUUGUUCACGCCAAUGACCCUGAUGGGGACGGCGUCUCUUACGCCAUCACAGGUGGCAAUGAGGACAGCAACUUCCAGCUAGACAACCAAAAAGGCAUCAUCAAGCUGCGACGGAGCCCACCCCCCAGGCUCAGAGGCCCGCAGUACGUCCUCAACAUCACCGCCACAGAUGACAAUGCUUCCGGCGGUCCCUAUCCACUCAGCAGCGCCGCACAGGUCAUCGUUGGGAUCAAUGACAUCAACAACAACAAGCCUGUGUUUGAUGAGUGUCAGAACUACAAUGCAGCGGUUCUGGAGAACCAGCCGCCAGGGACGUUCGUGCUUCGCGUGGAGGCUCAUGACGCAGACAUGGGGGUCAAUGGAGAGGUCAACUACGGCAUCAUGCACAGAGACGGUGUGUCGUCCGGGUUUGAUAUUGAUCCUCACACUGGUGUGAUCACCACAGCAGUGAGAUUUGACAGGGAGCGUCAGAGGGAAUUCACUCUUUCUGUGACGGCCACCGAUCAGGCUGAGGAGCCACUGAUUGGCAUCUGUCAGAUCACGGUGCUGAUCCUAGAUCAGAACGACAACGACCCCAAGUUUGAAAACAGCCGCUACCAGUACUUCCUAAGAGAGGACACUCCAGUUGGAACUAGUUUUUUACGGGCGGCGGCACACGACGACGAUCAGGGGAGCAACUCGGCCAUCACCUACUCACUGUCCAACCAGAAACCAGCUUACCUGCACAUCAACCCCAACACAGGCUGGAUUUAUGUCAACUACCCAAUCUCACAGACGUCCCGGAUCAACCAGCAGAUCUUGGCCUCAGACGGAGGAAACCGCAGCAGCUCUGUGGAGCUGACCGUCAUCAUCACCAACGUUCACAACCAGCCGCCCCACUGGGAUCAGCCCGAAUACUGGGUCACUGUGCCGGAAAACACUGUCCGAGAUGCUAAGAUAGUGACCAUCAAGGCAACAUCUCCACUUGGCGAUCCCAGGGUGACCUACAAUCUGGAGGAAGGCCUGGUGCCAGAGACCAACAUGCCGGUGCGGUUUUACAUCAAACCAAACCGGGUGGACAGCUCGGCGUCGAUCCUGGUGGCCGAGAACCUCGACUACGAGAUGACACGCUUCUUCACGCUGAGAGUGCGUGUGCAAAACGUCGCUGCCGUGCCUCUCGCAUCCUUCUCCACUGUUUACGUCAAUGUGACAGAUGUCAACGACAACGUUCCUUUCUUCCUGUCAUCCACCUACGAGGCCACGGUGCCUGAAGGAGCACAGAUUGGCACAUCGGUCGCUCAGGUCUCAGCGACAGACCUCGACUCGGGUCUGCAUGGGAUGAUCCACUACACGAUCCUGAAGGAUGAGAGCGGAGACUCUCAGUACUUCAGCAUCGACUCCCGCAGCGGCGUUGUAGUAACUCGUGCUUCUUUUGACCGUGAGCAGAAAGCUUCUUACCUGAUCGAGGUGCAGUCGCAGGAUGGCUCCGAGUCAGCCCGACCGGGCCAGCAAGGCCAGCCAAACACAGACACCGCCUACGUCAGGAUCUUUGUCACCGAUGUCAACGACAACGCUCCGGCGUUUGCCCAGCUGGUGUACGAGGUCAGUGUGGAGGAAGACAAGGAGGUGGGCUACGUCCUCAUCACUGUCACAGCCAACGACGAGGAUGAAGGCGCCAAUGCUAAGCUGCGCUACCAGAUCACUUCAGGAAACGCCAUGGGGACCUUCGACGUGGAACCAGAGGUGGGCACCAUCUUUGUAGCUCAGCCGCUCGACUACGAGAUGGAGCAGCGCUACGAGCUGCGGCUGGUCGCUUCUGAUGGGAAAUGGGAGAACGAGACCCUGGUGGUGGUUCAGGUGGUCAACCGCAACGACGAGGCGCCGGUGUUCAGUCAGACAGAGUAUCACGCCUCUGUGAUGGAGGAGCUUACGCAGCUUCCUGUGUUCAUCCUAGAGGUGUCAGCAACAGAUCCCGAUCAGGAAGCGGACCAGACUGCCCUCCGCUACUCCCUCCAUGGCCAAGGUGCCGGUGGCGAGUUCACUAUCGACGAACACACUGGAAGGAUCUAUGCUCAGCGCCGCUUGGACCGGGAGGAGCGCCCCGCCUGGAGAUUUCUUGUCCUCGCCACAGACGAGGGUGGAAUGGGGCUUACAGGAUUCGCUGAUGUGCUGUUAGAAGUCCGAGACAUUAACGAUAACUCCCCCUUCUUUCCAUGCCCCACCCUAGAGGUAGACGGAUGUUUCAUUGGCCAAGUGCCUGAAAACUCACCCGCCGACACCUCCAUCAUGGAGAUGCAUGCCAUGGACCUUGACGACCCAAACGAAGGCAGGAAUGCCAUGCUUACCUACAGCAUCAUCAAGAACAUUCGCAAUGAGAUCAACCUCAACUUGUUCUCCAUAAAUGCCACUACUGGGACUAUCUACACAGUUCUCCGCUCACUGGACCGGGAGACAGAAGACAAAUAUCUGGUUGUGGUGGAGGCCCGGGAUGGCGGUGGUUUGUCUGGGACGGGAACAGCCACUAUUAUGGUUUCAGACGUAAAUGACCACCCACCUAUUUUUACUCAGAGGGCUUACACCACUCAGAUGAAUGAGGAUAUGGAGGUAAACAGCGAGGUCCUUGUGGUCUCUGCCACUGAUGGAGAUGAGGGUGAGAAUGCUGUUGUCACCUUCAGCAUCGUUGGCGGAGACGAGGAAAGGAAGUUCUUUGUUGAGACGGACAAAGUAAACCGACGUGGCGUGAUAAAGCUGAAGAAGAAGGUUGACUUUGAGAAACUCCAUGAGCGGACCUUUAAUCUCACUCUGAAGGCUGAAGAUGCUGACUUUUUCAGCCUGGCCUACUGUCUCGUCCAAGUAGAAGACUCCAACGACCACGCUCCAGUCUUUUUCCCACAGUUCUAUGAGUCGGCUGCCAUGUCUGAAGAUGUCCCAGUGGGAACGAUUGUUGCUCAGGUUACAGCAUCUGAUUUAGACUCUGGCCUAAAUGGACGCUUCUCCUACAGUAUUUCGAAGGAGUCCGACCCUUACGGUCAGUUCCUGGUGGAUCAGUCCGGUUGGGUGGUAGUCGCUCAUUCUCUGGACAGAGAAAAAAUCUCCCAGCACAGGAUCAUGGUUCUUGCAACAGAUGCUGGUAUCCCACCGCUAACUGGCACCGCUAUCGUUAUGGUAACUGUUCUCGACAUUAACGACAAUGGGCCAGAGUUUGAAGCUGCCUAUAAGCCUGUUGUUUGGGAGAACACUGCUGCUCCGCAGGCGGUGCGAAUGAAUGAAACGUCCAUGCUUCUUCACGCCGUCGACCGAGACACGUCCGCCAACGGUGGUCCGUUCUCCAUCCGACUCCUGCUUCUAACCUCUGAUGCCACAAACUUUAACCUGACAGACUUUCGGAACGGCAGCGCAGCCAUCACUGCUCUUCGCAGCUUUGAUCGCGAGCGUCAAAAGGAGUACCGCCUUCCCAUUCUCAUGAUUGACAGCGGUUCUCCUCCAGUGAGCUCAACCAACACGUUGACAGUUGUCAUCGGGGAUAGAAAUGACCAUCCACACUUACCUGGACACACCCAUAUUGUUGUCUACAGUUUUGAAGGGAUUCUCCCAACAGCAGCUCUUGGACAAAUUCAGUCCCCUGACCUCGAUGACUGGAGUGAGAAGGUGUACCGCUUCGAUGGCAAACCAACCAGGUUGUUCGGUCUGAAUCAGAGCUCAGGUCAGCUCAGCAUCAGGGAGGGAACUCCUCCAGGCACGUACCGCCUGCAGGUACGUGUGUCCGACAGCACAUGGCCUGAUGUCAUCUCCACCGCUCAGGUGGAUGUCACAGAGCUGCACCAGGAGGCCCUGCAGCAAGCUGGCUCCGUGCGCCUAAACAAUCUUACAGUGGAGGGUUUUUUCCAGAGUAGCAGCGGAGGUCAGGGGAGUCGGUUUUCCCGUUUGGGGCGAAUGUUGGCUGAAAUCCUGCAGACGUUGCCAGAGAACGUCCAGAUAUUCUCUGUAGGCAAAGCCGACCAGCUGAGUUACAGAGCGCUGGACGUCUGGUUUGCUGCACACGGCUCACCGUACUACAAGGCGGAGAAGCUUCAUGGAUACGUGGCGGCAAACAAAGCCAAGCUGGAGGCCAUGUUGGGCGUGUCCAUCAGCCAGGUGGGCGUGGAUGACUGUCCGUACACAGACUGCAGUCAGUAUGGAGGCUGCAGCAGCGAGGUUUCAUUCAGCCAGGUCCCGGUGGCUCUGAGCUCCGGUAACGUCUCUCUGGUUUCACUGUCGGCCUCGACGACCGCACGCUGUGGCUGCCGAGGGCGAGAGGCGACCCACCUGACAUGCUCUGCCUAUCCCAUCAACCCCUGUCUCAACGGAGGCAUCUGCCAGGAUGGCCCUCUUGGAUACCGAUGCAAAUGUCCCCCCAUGUUUGACGGGCCGGAGUGCCAGCAGACUAAACACAGCUUCGGAGGUCAGGGUUACGCCUGGUUUCCUCCCAUCAAGCCUUGCUUCCAGAGCCAAAUAUCCCUGGAGUUCCUCUCCGAGUCGGCCAACGGGCUGCUGCUCUACAACGGGCCGCUUGGCCUCGUCCAGCCUGGGGAGCCGGAGGACUUCAUCGCCGUCGAGUUAAGGAACGGAGUUCCAGUUCUGAGCAUAAACCACGGAUCAGGAACGCUGACCCUUCAGCUCCCACCCAAAGCUACGAUCAACGACCGGCGCUGGCAUCGCCUGGACAUAAUCAGCGAUGGGAAGCUUGUCCAGCUGAUCCUAGACCAGUGUGGUGGGGUUCCUGUGAACGAGAUGGAAGGUGUGGGAGGGGAGACCCGAGAGAUCGAUGAGUCCGACUGCAGAGCUGCAGGAGAAACGCCCGGGACCCAGCGGUAUUUAAAUGUCUACCAGCCUCUUCAGUUGGGAGGAGUGAAGGAAAUGUCUCCCUACCGCCGUUACCGAAGUUUUACUGGAUGCAUCCGAAACCUGGUGGUGGACAGCCAGGUGUACGACCUGGCGAGUCCAGGUGAGAGCGUCGACAGUGCGCCAGGAUGCAAGCUGACAGACGGCGUGUGUGUGACGGCGGCCGGUCCUUCGUGUGGCGUUCACGCCUCCUGCCUCGCUGACUGGGGCUCCUUCAGCUGUGAGUGUCGUCCAGGAUACAACGGACACAAGUGUGAGAGAGCUGUGCAGGAGUUCUCCUUCGACUCGGACAGCGUGAUGCGUUUUCAGCUCAGAGGAGGCGGCAGCUCCCGACGCACCAACAUCCAGAUGCUCCUCCGGACCAGAGCCACCUCGGGGACCCUGCUCUCCGUGGCGUCCCGGGACUCCAACGAGUACAUCAUUCUGGAGAUCAGUGACGGUCACAUCUCAGUGCGUGCCAACCUGGGAGACGGCGCUCACUCUCUCCAGCUCCCCGGUCACAGAGUGGACGUCGGACUGUGGGUCCUGGUCAGCCUCGGUCGCCACGACAACAGGUUUACCCUGCGACUGGAGCAGGGAGGGGGCUCCCGGGAGGUUCAGGCGCAGCUGGGGAGCCGCAGGGAGAUUGUGGUUCAUCCGGCCAGCCUGAUGGUUGGCAACAGACCGAACGCUGGAGACAAGGCUGACUUCCAGGGCUGCCUGCGGGACGUCCGUUUUAACGGCCACAUCCUCCCUCUGGACGGCCAGAGCCGGGACCUGGUGACGCUGCUGGAGCGGCGGGGGGUCACCUCGGGUUGCUCCAGCGACGCAUGCAGAAGCCAGCCCUGUCGCAGCCCGCUGCGCUGCAUCGACCUGUGGAGAAAACACCAGUGCAAGUGUCCAGGCCCUCAGGUGACCGUCACCGAUGAGUCCGGUCUCCAGCGCUGCGUACCGUCACCCUGCGGCCCGUCCUCCUGUCGUAAUGGCGGCACAUGCCAUCCCCUGUCAGCUGACAGCUACCAGUGCCGCUGUCAGGAGGGAUUUAGGGGUCAACAUUGUGAGCUGGGGCAGGUCAAAGGUCAGAGGAUGACUGCUCUCAGCCCCAGCUCCAUCCUCGCCAUCAGCAUGUGCCUGCUUGUCUUUAUUGUGGUGUUGGUGGCAGUGACCGUUUGGAAUCAGAAAGGCAGCCGAAACAAGUUCAGGAAGCGAGGAGUUUACCACAUCCCUGCUGAACACCAGAGCUGGGAAGACAUCCGAGAAAACAUCCUGAACUACAACGAGGAAGGAGGAGGAGAGCAGGACCAGAAUGCAUAUGACAUCACGGAGCUGAAGCGUCCUCUGUGCUCCAGCUUGUCCCAGUCGUCCUCCUGCACCACCGCCCCGCUCAUCAAGUCCUCCCCUGGCUCCCAGGAGGAGGUGCAUCCGUCCGGCUCCUCCUGCAGCUCCGGCGCCCCCUACCUCAGCAUCCCUCACCACCACCACCAUCACCACCACCACCAUCAGCACGCAGCUGGCGCCGGCUACAGCAGCGACGCCACCUACGCCAACUAUUCCUCCCACGCGGGCAGGGACACAGAGAUGAGUGACACGGGCAGCUGCGUCGAUGCUCCGCCCGCGGCGCGCUCGCAUGUGGACUUCAAAAGCUACGUGGAGCGAAUCAUCUGGGAGGCGGACAACGACAGCGGUGCGUUUCCAGCCGACGCCUACCACGUCUGGUGCGUGGAGGGCUCCGGGUCCUCAGCAGGAAGCCUCAGCUCUCUGGGGUCGGCCGUUUCCUGCAGAAGAAUGGCUGCCGGGGACAAAAAGGAGGAGCCAGAGGAGGAGGAGGAUGAAGGGGGUUUUGUGUGUGACAGGCUGUCACGGUGGGGGCCGAAGUUUCAGGCUCUGAGUGAGAUGUACGACCGGCCACAGCUGGGCCUCACGUACAGGGACGCAAUAGCCUACAUACAGAGGAGCCACAGCCAUGACCCGCUGCCUCAGCACCACUAGGGGGAGCCACUCAACCACGACCACACAGUCCUACUUUGCUUAUAGGGUCUGGAAGUGCUGCAUUCACACAGCCUCAGAAAACAAACAAGAAAUUUUCAGGUUAUAUUCACUAUUACGGUCCUGUCAGGGAUAUUUACUCAGGGCAAUAUGGCUUCAAAAUAAAAUCCUUUUUUUUCAUACCAGAUCACAUUUUCAAUUUUAAUUUUUUUCUCACAUAGUUUCUAAGAAAAAAUAAUGAUUCACAAAAGUGGCUUUUAUUUCAUCAUCUUUUCUGUGAGUUGUAAUACAGAGUAUUAGAACCAGCUGAAGAUAAUUUUUUGUUGAAUUAUGAGAAUAUAGUUGUAAUAUUGGCAGAAAAAAUCUGCUGUGUGUGCGCACUGACAUCACUAUGAACUAUAAAAACUCCAGAAGUGGUAAAAAAAAAAAAACAAUCACAAUUUUCCAAAAAUAAAAUCUUCAUAAGCCAAAAAUUUGAUUAAUGAUCCAGCUGUAAAUUAUGGUAUUUUCAGUCCUCAAAUCUUUCAAAUUUAAGUCCAGACAUAAACAGGAAAGUUUUGCUUAUUUCUGCUUCUUAGUUGGUCAUUUUAGGAAAAGGGGGAAUAAAACCAAAGAAACUCUAGUUUAUGAGUAAUCAAACAGAUACAACAGGGCUCAUUUUAAAAGGGUUAAAAGAUUAUAAAUACCAAAUAUUAAUUCUGUUACCACUAAAAUGUCUAUAAAUAACAGACUUUGCUUUAAUGUGUUCAUAUUGGAGGGUUUUCUUUUUAGUGUUAUUUGUGUAUUUUAGUUGAGUUUGAAUUAUCUUCUGCAAAAUUUUAUCAGGACUCAUCUGAUGUUUUGCACUCAUCUGAUAGUUUUAUUCCCACAGUUCUUAGGUUUUUGCUGCUGGAUGUUUACUUCUCUCUUUUUCUUGUCAGAAACUUUUCCAUUUCCUGCUAACUAGCUAGGCUAGCUUAAUGAGCAGAACAGCUUGAGAAAUUUGACUGAUAUCAGAAAUAACAAAUAACAUUUGUUUUAUUUUAUAAUAAUGAUUGGAAAACAAAUUCUAAUCAAAUUAUAUAUAUAUAUAUUUUUUUUUUUUGCUUUUUCCUUUCAACUUUCAGAAGCCCCUAUAGCGCCCCCUGGUGGCCCCACUUUGAAAAACUCUGAUUAGGAGAUGAAGUUCUAAGCGGCUCUAUGCAGCAGGUUUUAGCAGCAGAUUUAGCUCCAGAACAUCUAAUCCAACAAAAAGGGUUUAAAUGGGAUGUUGUGUGAAUGCAGCAGCUCCUCUCCUCUGUGUUCACCAGUGUUGGGAGAAAUUCAAAGACACAUUCAAUGUUAGAGGUUCAUUGUGUUGCGCUCCUUUUUUCAGAGACGCUGUGCUUCAGAAGGAAAAAAAAGCACAGAAAACUCGUUACUGGUUCACCAGCUUUACACAGAAACAUUCUUCCUCUUCCAUUAAAAUAUCUUCUUUGUGAUGUAGUUAUUCAAUUCGUAAGAGGCUUCUGGGUCGCUGUGCUUUGCUGUUUGCGAAAUGGGACUUUCGGGGUCAAAUAGUGUUUUCUCUGAAGCAACACCACCAUCAAAUGAUGUGAGAAACUUUCAGUGGCUGGAGGUCAGAGUGGAAGAAUUACACUGCUACACUUGAAAUCUCAGAAAACAUUAAGGCCUUGAAAAUGACUCAAGUUGUUCUUUCACUGCAUUUUAUUUGAGAAUUUUUGGAUCGGAAAGUUUUUCCUUUGAAAUUUAUAUUCAAAAUGUCAAACAUGCUAAAAGUCUUUCCAAGGAUCUUUGCGUUUUUUUGUAAAUAAACAUAGACAAACUUAGAUUUUUAAACUCCCAGGUUCAAAAGAUGUGUAAACACUCAAAAAGAAGCUUUUAAUUUCUCUUUUCUACCUUCUUAUUGCACUAAAAGAGGAUUCAGUCUUCAUAUAGGACAAAACAAUCAAUUUGAAACAGAACUUUUGUAAUAUUGGAGGGUAAAACACUUUUUCCACCUUGUAAAAUCAGCUUUACUGGUACAUUUUUAAAUAAGAUUAUUUUUCUACUCCCUUAAGGAAGUUCAUUGAGGAUCCUCUUUGAUGGUUGUUGGUUAUGCUCUGCUGACUUGCUGGUUACUCCACUUUUUCCGUCCUAGAACUCACUUUUUUACGUACAAAUUUGAUCUUCAAGCAGCUUUGAAAUUUCCAUUCAUUUAAACAAAAUCGGAGCAAACCUAGUUUUACAUUUAUUUGCAGUUGAAGAUGAACUUAUUAGUCUGCUUAAAUGCUUGUUGACACAAACCUCCGUUUUGGUUUUAGCACAUUUAUCAUCCAGACACUAGGUGGUGCUAAAGAGAGAAGAGAAGAAAGAAUCUACUGAGAUAAAUGUGUUUAAAUGUGACAAAUUAGAAAAACGUGAGGCUGAACCAGAUAAAAUUCUGAAAAUAAAUAAAUACAUUUUGGAAAUUAUUACCCUUUCACACAAACUUUAACAGUUUUAGAUUUUAUAUCCAAUCUAAAGAGAAAUUAAGUGUGUACAACAUGAAGCCAAUCAUGUAACCUUCAAAAAUACUCAAAUUUUGGGAUCAGAUUUACCUUUUAAAAUUUACUUUUCAGUCCUGGUUAAAGUUGUUGGCUUUGCUGGUAAAUAUAUGUAAAAAAAAACUUAAAAUUAAUUUGUUUUAUAGCAGAUUUUCAGAAAAAGUGAUAUUAUGAAUCACAAACAUGUGAUUCAUAAUUUGAUUUAAGAUAAUCAGUGGAGAUAAUUAUUCAUACUUCUAAAAAUGUUAUUAAAAUUAAGCUUCAUAGUUUAUAUGUGGAACCCUUAAAAUUUGAAUUUAUGACUUCCUGUUCCCAGGAGGUAUAAAUAUGAUGUGACACCAGAGCUCAUUUAUUUUUAACUUUAGCUCUUUAAAAUGGGAAAGACAAGCAAACAUGUCAUUCAAAGCAAAUGUAUGUUGAUGUUGAUAAGUCAAACUAUUUUUUUUAAGAUUAUGCAACUUCCAGUAUUUGAUUAAUUUAUUCACAAUCCUUUUAUUUAUGGUUCCAACAAACAUAAUGACCACAUAUAGGUAUAGUUUUUAUUAUUUUUAGCAUCUUGGUUUUGUAUAUUGAACUGUAGAAAUUGGUUCAGUUCUAAAGAACGCUUGAAUAUUCUCAUAUUGUGAUCUUACACUUUAAAAGUCCACAUUUGUUGCAUUUUCUUUUGUUUUGCUCUCAUCAAAGUUUGCAGAUACAAUCAAGCAAAUCCAGAGUUAGAUAAAGGGACUGAAAAAAGCCAGGCUGCUUUCUGCCACCCUAAUCUCCAAUCAACCCUACAGAGUUUAUUUAGUGACCACUUGACAGUCUUUUCACGGCUCAGCGCCUGUAAAUUCAGCUGUUAUCUGGGCUGUGGUCGUUUGUUUCACCUGCAUUAAAGCAGACGGUAAAUUUCUCAUCCUGAAGGUGAGAUAAAGAGAAACAGAAAUAGAAGACAUUGCCCUGGACUUUAGUAGAACAUUUGUUUUCUGCACAUGACUUUUUAAAGUUUCUUUGCUAUCAAAACAGAAAUGGGUGAUUAGUUUAACCCGAAUGCAUUGUCUACCACCUGGUUUUCAUUACGUUGCCUGAUGAAUGCAGAUCUUCGUGGAGAUGAGGACAAUCAGAGUAAAAAGGUUUAUUUUAAACUCAAUCAACUCAAAUGUCUGCUGCCAGUUCAAGGUUUUAUGACACAGCUCUCCAUUAUUGUUCUAUUAAAUCUUAUUUUGGAUUCAGCUGUCAGUUUUUGUUGUUGCUUUUUGUGCAGCUUCCAGUAUGAAUUAGUUAAAGUUCUUUCCUUCAGAUGGUGAAACAGGUUUUGUGUUUCUCUUCUGGUGCCUAAAGUGAAAUAGAAUAAAAAAGUAAAAUAAGCCCUGAAAGAACUGUGCUCAAAACUAUGCAUCCAAAUGGAGUAACACAGGUGUGUGUGUGUGUGUGUGUGGGGGUGUGUGGGCGUGGGGGUGUGUGUGUGUGUGGGCGUGUGUGUGUGUGUGUGUUUUUAUAAACUGUCGAUGUGAAGCAGAUGUUGAGUGAGUUUUGGCCUCUUCGCUGUUCAGCAUCUGUUGUAAAUCCAGAGCUUUUCGAGGCGAAGGUGUGAACAUGUUGCAGCAUUCCUGUAGGUUUAAACUGAGCAGAGAUGCACCGUGUAAUAUGAUGUACAAAUAAACAUUUUAUAGCUGCCUAUUAUGGGUUAUUCCUUUUGUAUAUGACUUUUAAUAAAAAAAUAAAUAAAAAAGCCUUUUCCCCAUAAA